AUGGCUCACAGUUUCCCGAAGGAGAAGCUGAAAACUGUCGAAAGCCAGCUUUCAGAUGCAAGUCGGGAACAGGACCCAACAUGCAAUGGCAUGGCACGACAUGGUUGCGUUUUUGGACGCCCCUUCAUCGAAAAGCGAGCAAUCUACAUCCAUCACGGUGUCAGAGCAGGGUGGCCGUCAAGUACAUUCCAUACUGCGCAGGACGAGGUCAAAAGACUGCUGGAAGAAUUUGCAGCGUAUACACUUGCAAACGCAAAAGCUGAGAGCUUGGCGCUUAGCAUUUGUUUUACGCCAGAUGCGCAUGGAAUCCUCUCAGGAAUCCUUUGGGAGCCACUCUGCCUUGGUCAUGCCAAGGCCAAGACACCACAGAUGAGGGCAAAGCUGUCGAGAAGAAGAACAGGCCGGACGGAGCUGCACAAUGCCGUGUGCAGCGGUGACAAAGACUACGUCCAGCAGCUCCUGAAAAAUCACGCGUUUGUUGAUGCCACGGAUAGAAGUGGCCGGACACCACUACACUUGGCCGCCAGUGAGCUCUCGGAACCGGUCAAAAUCAUCGAACUACUGCUGGAGGCCAGAGCCAGGACUGAGGCUGAAGACCUCAGUUUCACUCCCUUGAAUUUGGCUUGCGAUUCGAAAUGCAAGGAAGCGGUGGCUGUUCUGCAGAGCGCCGGUGACGAAAACUGUCUUCAGCAGCUCCUGCAGAAUCGCGCGUCCGUGGAUGCCACUGACAGAAGCAGCCGGACAGCCCUACACUUGGCCGCCAACGAGGUCUCCGGACCAAGCAACAUAAUGCGGAUCCUACUUGAGGCUAGGGCAUCGCUCAUGGCCAAAGAUGUAACUGGUUUAACGCCCAUGACAUUGGCUUGCCAAUCAAACGAAGCAGUGGCAGUUCUGCAGAGUGUGAUGGCAGACCAGGAAGAGAAACUCAAAGACGAGGCCAGAGAAGAGUGGAACAAAUUUGUUUUCGAGAUCAAGGCACUUUGGGAGAGCAACAAGUUGAAGCAAGUCCUGGAGAUCCAAGAGCAACGAUUUGGCAAGGAGGAUAGAGAUACCCUCAGCACCAAGAUCGAUCUGGCGGCUGUUCUGCAGCAGCAAAAAGAUUUCACCGCAGCACAGCAACAGCUGGAGGAAGUGUUUGAAGGUCUUGGCCAAGCUCCGUCUACCAAUCUGAAGGACGACCCAAUUAUGCACAGGGCUGUCGACCACUUUGCGAGUUUACUCGGCUGCCUUCACAACGACAAGGAGACAAAGUUGAAGGAAGUCUCGAAAAUGCACUCACAGAAGCUCGGGGAGGACAAUCCAAAGGCGAUAAACUCCAAGGCUGAGCUCGCAGUUGUUCUGCAAGACUUGGAUAAGGAACAAGAAGCAGCUCAACUGUUGAAACAAAUUCUGAGAGAACCACAUAGACAUGACCCGGGCAUCGAUUUUAUUAAAGAUCGUGCACCUAGCUCUGGACCUGCUGCUGUGGAGGACUCAGUCAUGGAUGAAAAGCAGAAAUUCACCUUGCACUUCGUCAUGAAAGAGCGAGCACACGCCAACACCCAAGACACCAGCGACAUUAAAUAUGAAGGGAAGAUUCGAUCUGGAGCCUCUGCUUGCUGGAUCUCCUUUCCAGGCAAAUUUGCCGCGGGAUGGGAUGCUUUGGUUGCUGAGCUGCAUGGUGAUAGCGUGGCCUGCGUCUUCUUGAGCACGCCAGAAUCUGGCUUAGGCAAACACCAUACGUUCAAAGAUGGAAGUUGCUACUGCAAGGAUAUUUACGGGGAGAGGGACUUUCAGACUUUCGGUUACUUGGUGAAGAUGAAAGAACUUGACAGCGACAAGUUGAAACGUGAACAAGAAAAGGCGAAGCUGACGAAUGCUGUCAUUGUUCCUGCAAAUGCAACACCUGAGAUGGAGGAGAGGUGUAGACAAGAGGCGAAGAGGAACUGGGAGAUGAAUGGCAAGAGGGCAGCGUGGGGAUGUCAAUGGUUUCAUGUUUGGAAGGAGAAGGUGCACGAAGCCGUUGAGAAGAAGCAGACUCUCAGAGUUGUGUUUUUUCCUGGCCAAAAGGGCCAAGGAAAAUUAAUGCUUCGAGAGCUCAAGUACAGAGACUUAUGGGAUGGCGUUGGCUGCGGCGGAAGCCAGAAAUGUGAGAUCGCAUAUGUAGAACACAUGCGGGCUGAGCAUGGCUCGGCGUGGGACUAUGAGGAGAUUGACGUAACCAGGUUUUUGGAGAAAGAGUUCCCGGUGCAUUCCACGGUUGAUGCCAAGCAUGGCAACAGGUGGCGAACAGGCGUGCUGUUGAUGACUGUCCCAAGUUUUGACCAUGAUGUAGUGACAAGGUCGGCAGAAUUAAAGUGGAUUGUUCAGUGCAAAGAGACACAACAAAUCUUUGUGUCGAGGCACAUUCGUCACGCAACAGAAGCAAUUCACAAUUUGCUCGACACCGGUCGCCAUGAUUUUUUGAAAAAGGCCUUGCAGAGUGCCAUUCCCCAGGGGAUUCAGGCAGAAUUGCCCUAUCAAACAAGACUGCCACAUGGUACCCCAUCGAUAGCUUUCAAUGUGAAGACCGACAAGAUUGAGAUCGCUCAAAAGCUGCGGGAUCAAGUUCUCAGUGGUGAGUUGAAUUUGAACAUGAAGCAAGCUUUGGCACAGGAUCCUCAUGCUAGAUCAGAGAUUCACGUGGACCAGUCAGAGUUUCUGGACAGCUAUGAUAGGAGUCUGCAGAGGCUGUCAAAGCUUACUCAGCAUCAGGAAGAGAAACUGAAGGAGCUGAAGCAACUCGACAAUCAAAACCUGCACCUAACUGCCCCUGCUGUAGCCAUUUUGGCUCAAGCCAUUUUGGCUCAAGGUGAUUGGCUCAAGCCGCCCAGGUUUGUAGCCAAGCAAAUAGGUGAGAUGAACAGAGAUGACGAUGGACAAUGGUUUGUGCAAUGCCGGGUGUAUUGCAUCUUACUCACUGUUGUCUCUGCAGUGUCACAGUGGUGCCAGCAGUUUCAAUUCACAGGUCGUAGAAACAGUCCAGAGACACCGGAACAGAAACUGCUGCAAGGUUUGCAGAUUUUGUUGAAAGAUACUUUGCAGGCCUCUAGCUCCGGAGCCUCAAACAAAAAAGGCAAGGGUAAGGGCUCCGGCAAAAGUAGUGGUAAAAGCCUACCUUCCAAACAGAGAGAUGCGAACCAUGAUGGCAGCUAUGGGCUGAUUCAAGCCUUGCAAAAGCUAACUGCCCGAGCCGCAAAGAAACCACAAGGGUUGCUCCAAAGGUUGAAAACAUUGGUUCAAGUUACUGAACGUGGUAUGUUGCGACCAAACAAGAGAAAGAAAGAUCUGCCGCCGCAUGAGGCGGUCCCGCCAGUGAAACCAAGCACACGAUUCAAAAGUUCAGAAAAUUUGGUAGAUGGUGCUCCUAAGCCAAAAACACGAUGGCAACGCGACAGAUCCUGGAAAGCCCGUGCCCAGGACUGGGGCGUCAAAACUGUUUUGCGUGGCCCCACAGCUCUGUGCAACGCUUUUGACAGUGGGGACACCGGUGCUCUCCUGUGUCAAGUACAAAAUCUGGAUGAUUGGAAUGAAGCCCUCCAAAUUUCUCAUGCUGCUGGUCGCACCAAUGUCACGGUUGUUCUUGAAGCUGCACCUAACAUGUCUCCAGAACUUGGCAAAUUGAGAUAUCAUGGUUGGACAGCCUUGAACACACGUGCAGCUGGUUAUGCCGAUGAUAAAUUGGUCCAGCGCUUGGUUUGGAUUGCGCGGUGCUCGCCAAAUGCACCCACAUUGGUUCCAGGAUCCGUGCUGACAGGCGCCAGGCGGCCUGUUGUCCAGAAACACGGCCAUGAAGCUGAAAACCUGGUUCGAGGAUUUGCUCGCGUCAAAGGCAAAGACAGGGCCCUGCAGUUGAUUAAAGCGAGCGGCUCAGAACACAAAGGAAAUGUCCAGCCGUUGAAAGCAGAAAAUGAUGAUGAUCGCGGUAACGAAGCUAUGGAUGUCAGUCUGAUUAGCGUCCCAGAUGCAAGUGAUGUUGAGGAUGAGCCCAUGCAUGUCCAGGGCACCAAACGCAAAGACCAGGCCAUGUUGACCAGCCCGCAAAAAACUGGUCAUGACAAAAAGAGGAUGAAAGUGCCCGAGUGGCUUCAAAAAGUUCCGAACCCUGGGGAAGGGAAUUGCUUGUUUUACUGUCUAGCUCAGGCGGAGUCUACCCCAGGUAAGUCCCGCAGCCACAGGCAGGUGCGUGCAUUUGUUGUUGCCUACAUGACCAAACACUUCAAGAAAUACGAGGAUUUCUGGGACGGUUUAAGCCCGAGCAACAUUCCCAUGGAGGGUGGGUUUGACGAUUAUUUACAAGCCCUUGAAAAAGAUAAAGCUUGGGCGGGAUAUUGUGAAAUCGAAGCAUAUGGCGAAGCCAUGCGCCGACCUGUACUUGUUGUGCAUGCCAAGGACAAUGUUGUCCAUGCUUUUAAUAGUCAUGGCGAUAAGGAUGUUGUCUGUCUCUGGUACAAGGAUGAACAUUAUGAGCUUAUUGUUCCUUCAGACGCAGAUAUUCAGGCCCUGUGGCAGAAUGCUGAAGACGGUGGCACCAAGGGUUACCGCGGGGCCGCAAAGAAGGCACGCUUGGCUGCCGACAAUGCCCCAAAAGGGGCCACCAGAGGCGACUCCAUUCUUCGCCUUUGCAAGAGAGCAAGCGUGUCACCUGAUGUACCUCACAGAAGCAUUUUGCCUUGGAAGCUGAAGCAUCGCCAGAUGUAUGUGCAACUCAACAAGUUUGCCAAGGAGCAAGGUCCUUGUGGCGGGCGGACUGCUCGUGCCGAGUGGUUAGCCAUGCCUGGUCGCCAAAAAUGCUGGCGUCAGGCUCCCAAAGAGCGCCAAGAGGCGCUGCACAAGGCUUGGCGUUUGAGUGCUACUGAGCGUAGGCAGAUACCUGCACUUUGGGUAGGUGAUUGGAACGAAACUCCUGAUGACAACGCCGCAUCCAUUUUCUUGAAUGGCAGUGUUCUGGCUGUCACGGAUCCUGAUCAAUGGGAUCCCGACCAAGAUUGGGCAUAUUUUCACCAGUUUGCUGAAAAGAGCAUGCGUGAAGCAUUGCACUUGUGUGGCCAGCCCGUGCCUAGGCCGCUCUCAGAGCCUCGGGGUCUGCAGCCGGAUGUGACGGGUGGUUUGGCCAUUGAAAACAUGCAACUGCAAGGGUUGCCAGAUGAGUGGGCUAACAUUUUGAUGUUUGUAUGGGGUCAUCAAGUGCGAUGGCUGUGCUUGGGGAAAGCUGUGCACCCAACGCCGGAGCAUGUCCAGACCUCCAUGCCGCAAGGUGAUGCCUUUGCACCUCUGGCUCUUAUCAUGUUGCUCAUUAGGAUGCCACGACCUGGAGGCUGGCAGAGUUUCAUUUGCGCACGCAUGCGAGAGCUGAACUGGGAAUUUCGCGGUCCAUGGAUGUUUGCACAUGAGGAUUUGGGUCAUGUCGAUUUAUCCAAUCCAGAUGAAGCUGUUGUGAAACUCACCGAGCACAAGGUGAGAGAAAGUUGGCGCCGAGUGCAAUUUGCCCUUUGGAAAAAGCAGUCCCUGAAGAUGAAUUGCAAAAUCGUCUUGCUUGGCCCACACGUGGGUGUGAUGCAUAUGAUAGAGCGGUUCUUCACCACAUGGUGGCAAGCUGCAGAAACAGUGGAAUCAACCCGUGACGCAAUGAAAACCCUGAUGCGAAGGGUCAUCAUGCUUCAGAAGCCCUAUGAAGAGUUUGUUUUCUUGAGCACUCAAGGCAAUCAGAUCGUGCAGACUUCGACCAAGCCAGUGUCAUUGAAUGAGAAGUUCUUCUUGGCAGUAUUUGAUGAAAAUCAUGAAGUUUUUAGCCACUGCAGGAACAUUUCAGAGCAUGUCAGCUCAGAAAGCACACUUUUGCUCUCAGACACUUCUCAGUGUUCUGAUAUGAAUGUGAACAUCAAUUACCCAAACAUCAAGUGUGUAGCUUUGACGGAGGUUGUAAGGAGCACCAAACGAAUAGUUAGAGGAGCAGCCGCAUUUCAGAUCUUGAGUGAAGAGCAACAAGCGACAAGUCUUGGCACAGAUGGCCCACCUCUAAAAAGUUUUCUUUUUCAGAGUGCAGAUGAAAUUACGGCUAGUGGGUACAAGAAGGAAUACUCCGCAUUCGUCGUGAAGGCCUUCUCACAUGCGGCUCAAUCAUACCCCAACCUGUGCAGUUUUAACAGUCGUAUUGCUAUCCUGGUCCCAGAUGACAGAUUUUUGGAAUCUCUCAAAGGGCCUUUGCAGGCAGAGCUGUGCCAUUCGUUCAGACAUCGAAGCUUUCGGUUGGUUUCGUUCAGUGAAUCCCUCAGUUUCCUGCCUACAUACUCAUCUGAAACAAAAGAUGAAUUGAUAAUUCUGGAUACAGUUGACAGCAGCAGAGGCCAUGAGGCCUUAAUGGUCAUUUGUGUUGGGCUCGACGAACCGAUUGAGGGUCAAGGCGCCAAAGUGAACUUGGUGACUCGGGCCAAGCUGUAUGUCGGGAUUUCCAGAGCUCAAUUCAUGGUGAUGGUCGUCAACUGCCAUGUGCCUGGUGGGUGGUUGGAAUUUUUGGCCAAGCUGGAAUUCAAGGAAAGCAAAUUCCAAGAAGCAUCUGGACGUGCGGAGAUUCGAACGAAUGCAGCUGUGGAAACUCUGAAGGCAUUUGUGAUGCCAAGCCCUUCGCAUGUGACAGUUCGCGAAAGCGGACAUGGUGCCGAUGAACCAAAGCACGAUAAGGACACCAAACCAGAGCAGGGGCAGGACCUGCCUGAACAGACGGAGCUCAAGGUACUCAAGAGCUCUGUGUGGGAUACGAUCAUUGACAGCAAGAUCGCAAACCAGAUUCACCAUCUCCGAUUUGACCCCCGUGCCGAGGCAACAACCCCAGCAGAAGCUGAUGCAAAGGAAGAUCCGGAAGAUUUGGAAGAUCCAGAACAAGUCGAAGCCGACGAAGCGGCAGCGGCGAAAUACGACAACAUCGCCGUGGCGGCGCUGCGCGGCGACCUGGCGGCGGUGCGGGGCCACCUGCGCCGCGACCGGCGCUGCCUCGGCCGACUCUUCGAGUUCGGGGGAGGCGGCCGCCGGGCCGCGCUGCACGCGGCAGCAGCCUACGACCGCACGGCGGUCGUCGCCUUUCUCCUGGCGGAGGGCGCGGCCGUGGACGUCCGGGACGACCGGCGCGGUUGGACUCCGCUGCAUCAUGCAGCACUCAACGGCCGCUUGGAGAGCGCCAAGCUGCUGUUGGCGGCGAAGGCCUCGGUGGACGUCAAGAACGACAACGGCGAAACACCCUUGGAUCUCGCGAGACAGGAGGGCAAGACGGAAGUGGUGAACCUGCUGAUGGGCAAAGCAUGAAACGUAAGGUUCGCUAUUGUGAUUUGAACAUAUUUCAAUUUCGGGCCAAAGGUGCCUUUGGAGUGCAUCAUGUGAUAUGAUC